GGCGCCGCGAUGGCUGCCCGCGGGUGUCGGACCCGCGAAGCCCCGGGCCCCUCUCAGAGCCCGGCCUCCUGACGCCGCCAGUGGGCGGGGCCGCCCGGGCCGCCUCCGCCGCUGUCAUGUACCCGCCGCCGCCGCCGGCGCCGCGUCGGGAUUUCGUCUCGGUGACGCUGAGCGCCGGCCGGACCUACGACGGCAGCAAAAGCUGGCGGCGGCGCUCGUGCUGGAGGAAGUGGAAGCAGCUGUCGAGAUUGCAGCGGAACGUGAUCCUCUUCCUGCUCACGUUCCUGAUGCUCUGCGGGCUCCUGUGCUACGCCAGCGUGGCUGACCAGUGGCGAGCGGGGAACGGCCGGUCCGCGGAAGAGCGGAAGAGGAGACCAGUGGACCCGCCCGUCUUGCCAGCUCCUCGGAAAGCAGAGGACCUCCCGGGCGUCUUACCGCAGGAUGACCCUUGGGGCGGGAAAGAGGAAUACCGUCUGCUUCGUUCUUCUGGAACGCCUGCUGGCGCGCCAGGUCCUGGGUCUGCCGGUGAGCAGAACGGGCCUGUCCCUUGCCUCGAGGAGCUGCGGGCUGGCGGCGGGGGGCAGAAGCCUCAAAGGCAUUUCCGACGGGGACCUCCCAACCUGCAGAUUCGAGCCCCCAGUAAAGGCUCCGAGGACAGGAGGCAGGACGACACCAAGUGGAGGGACGAGGCAGUGGGUGACGCUCGUCGGGAAGAGCGUCACACACGGAGAACGGUGGUCAGCUGGCGGGGAGCGGUGAUUGAGCCACAGCCGGGCACCGAACUUCCUACGAGGAAGGCGGAGGCGCCCCCCAGACCUUCCUCCCAGGCCCCCAGGAUUCAGAACCAGGCAGCCUCCCCGAACGAGCGCCAGAGGGCCGUGAUCGACGCCUUCCGCCACGCGUGGGCCGGAUACCGCAAGUUUGCCUGGGGCCACGACGAGCUGAAACCUGUGUCCAGGUCCUUCAGCGAGUGGUUUGGCCUGGGCCUGACGCUGAUUGACGCCCUGGACACCAUGUGGAUUUUGGGCCUGAAAAAAGAGUUUGAAGAGGCCAGGAAGUGGGUGUCUAAGAAGCUGCGGUUCCAGAAGGACGUGGACGUCAACCUGUUUGAGAGCACGAUCCGCAUCCUGGGCGGGCUUCUGAGCGCCUACCACCUGUCCGGGGACGACCUCUUCCUGAAGAAGGCUGAGGAUUUUGGGAAUCGGCUCAUGCCUGCAUUCCGGACGCCCUCCAAGAUCCCGUACUCCGACGUGAACAUCGGCACGGGGGCCGCCCACCCGCCCCGCUGGACCUCGGACAGCACGGUGGCCGAGGUCACGAGCAUUCAGCUGGAGUUCCGGGAGCUCUCGCGCCUCACGGGCAAUAAGAAGUUUCAGGAGGCCGCGGAGGAGGUGACGCGGCGCGUGCACUCGCUGCCCGGCAAGAAGGACGGGCUGGUGCCCAUGUUCAUCAACACACACAGCGGCCUCUUCACCCACAUGGGCGUGUUCACCUUGGGCGCCCGGGCUGACAGCUACUACGAGUACCUGCUGAAGCAGUGGGUCCAGGGCGGAAAGAAGGAGACCCAGUUACUGGAAGACUAUCUGGAAGCCAUCGAGGGGAUCCGAAGGCACCUGCUGCGCAGGUCUGAGCCCGGGAAGCUCGCCUUCGUCGGGGAGCUCGCCCACGGCCGGUUCAGCGCCAAGAUGGACCACCUGGUGUGCUUCCUGCCAGGGACGCUGGCUCUGGGCGCCCACCACGGCCUGCCCGCUGACCACAUGGAGCUGGCCCGGGCGCUCAUGGACACCUGCUACCAGAUGAACCGCCAGAUGGAGACCGGGCUGAGCCCCGAAAUCGUGCACUUUAACCUGUACCCCCAGAACGACCGCAAGGACGUGCAGGUCAAGCCGGCCGACAGGCACAACCUGCUGCGGCCCGAGACGGUGGAGAGUCUGUUCUACCUGCACCGCCUCACGGGGGACCCCAAGUACCAGGACUGGGGCUGGGAGAUCCUGCAGAGCUUCAACACGUACACACGGGUCCCCUCGGGCGGCUACUCCUCCAUCAGCAACGUCCAGGAUCCCCUCAACCCCCAGCCCAGGGACAAGAUGGAGAGCUUCUUUCUGGGGGAGACGCUUAAGUACCUGUAUCUGCUCUUCUCGGACGACCCGAGCCUGCUCAGCUUGGACGCCUACGUGUUCAACACCGAGGCCCACCCCUUGCCCAUCUGGGCCCCGCCGGGCGGCGCGUGACUCGGUCAGUGUCUCAGACGUGGCACAUCCUUGCUAUGCUUCAGGGCUAUUCCAUCCACUGGAGGAGCCUCGUUCCUUCUUCCUGUGAAUUUUGAAUCAUGUUUACAUUCCGGAUACCCAGUCGUCUUCCUGUCAGCCAGUGUCCAGGCUUUGUAGUCCCAGGUGACUGGUCAUCUCCCUGGGGGUGCGCUGGGUCUCCCGCCAUCAUGGCAGUGACCGGAGCUGAAGGGACAGCCCAACAUGUGACUCAGCCGGUGGUCACAGAGCUUACGACGUGCCCGGACCCAAGGGUCUGAGGGCGUCUGUGACCUCCUCCGAGUCCGGGCACCUGGCGGGCUGUGGCGUUUACACGUUGGACUCAGGGAUCCUCCCUGGCCCUGCAGGCCAGGAGGGGCGGGUGGGCGAGCGCGUCCUGCUCCCGGACCACCUGGUACAAUGGACUUUCCGGGCAGCAUAAAAGUGUUUUGUUUCCCACAUUG